GGUUCAUUCAAAUCUCAGAACAACUUAUCUUUCUCUAACUUGACGAUCCGCUCAAGAAGGAGCAGUUGCGCGCUUUUCUUACCGCUCCGGUGUCGCUUGAACUGGAAUAUUUCAGCCUGCGCAGUUCCCAGAAUUAAUCUAGUUGUAUCCGAAACUGUUCAUCACAAUGCGGCGACGAAGAUCUUCACUUUUGGCCGGUAUCGAUCCAUCCAACGUACUUUCCCCCGAAGACUCCGGCGAGAUCUGCACUCGCAGAAGUUCGCUCCGUCUCCGCCGCAAAUCUAUGCAAUUUAAAGUGCCGGCUGUCAUUACUUUCGAUUACGGUGACGAAAAUCAACCGCAGUGCUGCCUUCAAUCCAACACCGAGUCUUGUACCUAUCCAGUUUCCCCGUCAACACAGCCAUUCCCUUCAGUACAGAUAAAUUCCCCUUCGGCAAGCCAUUUACCGGUGCAGCCUUCUGAUGAUCAUCCUAACUCACCCACUUUGAUGAACGGUAUCUCAUCCGUGGGGGAUAUCACAUCACUCCCUGUUCCAACGAGUUCCGGGGAUCUCAAGACCCAUUUUAGAGAUCAUCCGGAUUGGCUCAAGAUCCGCUACUCCCCUCCGAAGUUACAAGGUUUAGAUGCCAUCCCGGAAGGCCGGUCGCUCCAACUUCGACCCAACAAUGCACGACGCCUAACCGCCCCGCCAUCCAACAUACUCCGACUUCAAGUGUUUACCGGUCAAACUUUGGACGAGGCUUGCCUCCCGCACUGCCCCGGGGGCACUCGCCUUGACCCCACACUUGUGCUCAACAUUUCAAAGCGCCGUGUUCGCUCUAGGCAACUGAAGGCGAAACGAAUGGGUUUUCGAGGAAUUCAUAUGUCCGCCCAAACAGAACGACGGAUGGCGCGCUUCUAUCGGUUGUCUCAAAAUUUGUCCUCUACCUCUCCAUCCUAAUCUGUAUGUGUAGCUUAGAGACAUCUAUCGUCAUUUGUUUUCGUACGCGUUAGUGUUUCCAAUGGUCUUGGUUUGUUUGACUGUACACAGUGUGGGCUAUGUUCCGCAUCAUUGCGGUGACUUAUGCUAGAUGGCUAAAACUAACGCAUUGUUACAAAUUUUCUUGAUACGCACUACAUUGCUUUCCGCACAAUCCAUUUGCUUAGGUGUCUACUACUGUUGUGUGUGCUAGUAGUGUGCGCGUGGUGCUCACUGUCCUUUCGAUUCGCUCCCUGUAAAGUCCAAAAGUACUUUGAUUUCCUGUACCAACUCGAUUAUUCUCUAUUGAUGGCUCAGUGAUCCUAUUCCUACCUUCCGAGCUAAUGCUAUACUUUUCGUGCUUUAAAUUAGUACUCGCCCAGACGCGCAUCGUUUUCCACUCAGUUCAUUUGCAUACACUUUUCUCAAGGUCACGCUUCUACUAGUCUGCUAUUAACUCCAUUAUUACUGUUAUCUGUCUCCUUGGUCGUUGCAAACUUAGUCAUGAGUUCUAUCUUGUAUAUUAUUCUGCCCUUCAGAACCACGGUUACAGGAUUACAAUAUACAAAUGCUUC